UUCCUUACACAAACAUGUUCUCAGGGCAGAAAGAAAUAUGAUUGGUUCACAAAAAUGACCAAUGAAAAUGCAGAGGAGGCGGGUUCAACAUUCGAAAAAAGCGCAUUUUUGAGUGAGCGUCAGUUAGCAGCACUGGAGUGAGAGGAUUACGUGAUUACCGUAUACAUUUUUCAAAAGAAUAGAUAAGAAGCAAUGGAAAACAUUUGGAUUAAAGGUGUUAAAAGAAAGCUGAAGAAGGUUACAGAUCCUGAUGUCAUUCAAGAAGUUGUUGUUUUUGAGGAGAAGGAGGACGACUUCAUGCAGUCUUAUGUCAAGACAUUGGAAAAUGAAACACAGAACUAUUUUAAAUUGCCUGUAAGUACACACAAAGACUACUAUUAUUAUUCAUGUGAGAGAUCAAACAAAGCAACCGGAAGCAGCACAGGACAACCAACCCAAACCAGAGCAAACUCUUGCAGGGCGUAUGUGUCUUUCAAGAUAAUCAAGGAUGCUGGAUUUACAGGUGCUGUUGUGCACAAAAUGCUGAAGCACAGUGGACAUAACUUCAAUAUACAAGAAGAGGGUGUCAAAAACCGUAUUGACCCAGAAUUACUGGCGUUAAUUCAGAUGUGGCUUGAGCAAGGAUUAUCAGUCUCUGAAACACUUCUAAGGAGUGUUGAUUGGGCAGGAAGGCAUGGACAUAAAGACAAACUAAAUCGCAGAUACUAUGUUACACCAGAGGAUAUAAGAAUAAUUCAAAAGAGCCUCAAUGCACUAAUUUUUCCAGAUGUAAAAGAUUGUAUCAGUGUUGAUAUACUUGCCACCUCAGAGUUAAAGGAGAAUAUUUGCUUCUAUCAACCACUAAGUGAUGGACAGCCCUUGAUAAUUGUAGUACAGACACCUUGGCAAAAACAACUUCUCAAGGAACAUCCACAUCCAAUGGUGUUCAUGGAUGCCACCUACAGGGGGAUCACCUCUUAUGGCUAUGCAUUUUAUGCACUUCUUCUAAGUAAUAGUAUUGGAAGAGGAGUUCCAUUUGCAUACUUUAUCGUAAGUCAGGAAUCAACAGCCACACUCACUCUGUGCUUGGAAAAGCUUUCUAGCUGUAAUCCUGGAUUUCUUCCCCGGUCAGUCAUGAUUGAUAGGGACCUGAAAGAGCACAAUGCCAUUAGACAGAUAUUUCCAUCGGCAAAGAUAUUCCUUUGUUGGUUUCAUGUCCUGCAGGCCGUGCAUAGGUGGUUGGUCAAACGAGAUGGAGGAAACCUGCCAGCGAGCCAGAGAAACAUGGUGAUUCAUGCAAUGGUUGCAAUGAAGGGGUGUUUAACAGAAGAGGACUUCAUUCACACUUCUGCCACCAAGUGCAAGGAGCUAGAUUCCUACCUUGGUAGUACAAACGUAUCUACAUACUUGAAGAAUCAGUGGAUUCCUUUGAGGGAGCUGUGGUCCAAUUUUGGCAGAUCAUUCAAUCACGAAAAUUGUGAAACCAAUAACAAGGCAGAAAGAUUCUUUCUCACAAUUUAAUAUCAGUUCCUGAAAGGAAACGCAAACAGGCGUAUUGACCAGCUCCUUGGCCUGCUGUGUGGAGAUGUUCACAAAUAUUACUGGUAAAGUUAACACAUUUUUUAAAUAUUUUAAUAUUUUGUUUUAAAUUAUGAUUUGUUAUUUUACUUUGCAUAAUUACAAUUUAUAAUAACUGAUUGAAUAAUUUAAAGUUACAUGGAUGAGCUGGCGGCAAACGGACGAAUCAAAGGAGCCAAUGCUGAUGACUUCUCUAAUGUUGUCAAGUCUAUGUUUGAGAAGGGUCUGGAUUCAAAAUGUGAAAUUAAUAAAGAGGGCACAUGUUUUGUUCCACCACAUACAAGUACUCAGUCCCACACAGUUGAUUUGGUCAUGGUGAGAUGUGACUGCAAA